AUGAAUAAAAUAUACGACGCACUCAUUGUCGGUGGUGGGCCCGCUGGCCUCAGUACCGCCCUGGCAUUGGGACGGGUUCACCGAACGUGCAUCGUCUUUUCGGACAGCGAAUUUCGCAAUCAGGGCGCACAUGCCGCGCACGCCAUCCUGACUCGCGACCAUACACCACCAGCUGAAAUCAGACGGCUGGGCCGCAAAGACAUAGAGCGCUACGGUCAUGCCGACUUCGCAGAGUGCUCUAUCACCAGGGUCACGCGCAAAGAAGCUGGCCCGCACUCUCGUUUCUUGGUUCACAAUGAUCAAGGGCAGCAAUGGCAGGGCCGCACCCUUGUCCUGGCCACAGGUGCUCGAGACCAGUUCCCAGAUCUAGAUGGAUACGCCGAAAACUGGCCAGCGAGCAUAUAUCAAUGCCCAUUCUGCGACGGCCACGAACGAAGCGAUGGACCGCUGGGAAUCCUGUGCUACCCAGACUUCAACCCUAUGCUGGUCAAGCAAGCUACGCUGUCCCAUUUCCUCUCACAGCCGCCAGGAACGCCCGCCGGCACAAUCGCGAAGUCAAACGUAACGUUCUUUACCAAUGGACAUCUCGACACCGGCAGUCCCGCUACAGCUCAGGCGCUCGAGAUUCUGGCCGCCCACUACAUAACUCUCGAGCAACGACCCGUUGUUCGUCUCGAAACUUCAAUCGACGACUCCAAGCCAGGCCUCUACGUGCACCUCCAAAACGAAGACAAGACCACCUCGCGUCUCUACAUGGGUUUCGUCUACCACAAGCCGAGAACCAUGCCCUCAAGCCCCGAGCUCAUCAAACAGUUGGACUUGGAGAUCGAGUCGGGGCUCAUCGGUGACUACAUCAAGACAACCCCACCGUUUGAGAGCACGAGGGUGCCCGGCGUGUACGCGUGCGGAGAUGCGAAGACGAUGAUGGGCCAGGUCACGGUCGCGAUGAUGACGGGGAAUGCUGCUGCGGCCGGGGUGGCGCACUAUCUCAUAGAGCUGGAUGACGCGAUUGCCGUGGAAAGGUACCGCAGAGAGAAGGAGAGUAAGGAAGAUGUGGAUGCGGCGGUUGAUGGUGCGGUGAAGGGGGAGGAUGCGGCUGUGGCGGCGUUGUAG